CAUAGCAACAGUUGCUAGACAGCAGAAGCUGUGUCAGUAACAGGUGACCAUUUUGUGCCUAAUAUCUAACGUUUACCAACUUUACCAACUGUACGGCAUCUACCGAAAAAUAAUAAGACGAACAUUUUAGAGAAAUGAUGGCUGGAAAAGGCGGUGUGGCGAAACUGGACGUCGGUGUGUUAAGCGCCGAGCAGCAGGAGAAACUGCGACAAUUCAAGAUCAACACGAGAAUCGACAACGAGAAGUAUUUGAGGUCGCAUCCAGAAGUGGAGGUAUUGAUAGGCGACUUUCUCAGAGAUGUGCUUCUUAAGAGGCCCGCUGACAUCCGUGAGUUUGCUGCAGAUCACUUCACCAACCCAGACCUUAAUGCAGUUAUUGGCUCCAAAAUGGAAGGAAACAGUGACAUGGAGUGAAACAGACCCAGCAGUCAUGCAUGAUUUUGAAGGGAUAAACUCAACGCUGGAAUUGGUGUUUACUCCUUGCAACUACACUUUGCACCUGAACUGUGUGGGCCCAGUUGUUGAGUGGACAUACUGUAGUCUGCACUGAUCUGGAUAUGGACUCAACUACAUGGACAAAUUAAGAUAUAAAAUUGACUUCACUUAUUUACUUUAUGAAGCAGCUUCAUGGUCCAGUGUCAUCUCUUCUGUCCUUGGUGUCAUUUUGUUAUCUGUUUUGGUGCCAUUGUGAAAUUGGAUUCACAUUUGUGUGGCAAAUAAAAAUGAUGUAUUGGAAGAACCGCACUUAAUAAUAAAACUGAAGUUUUCAGACACACAUUUAAAGAAGUGUAAAUGUCAUGAAUGAGGACCAUACAUCUUGUGGAAUAGGUUUACUGACUUUAAAAGUGGGGUUUCCACAUUGAAGUCUUUACUGCUUACAUUGGAUUUAGCACAAGAACUGCACAUUAACCUUCAUUGUUACCACUCUGUAUUCAAGAGCUGCAGUUUUCUGUUUGCCGUCUAUCUCCGAGCAUGAAUAGAGCUUUUAACUGUGUGGUUAUCCACCCUUGUUUGUCGUGGCUAAGUAAUUCCAUUUGGAUAAUGCAGCUCUGUUUUGGUUGCGGUUCGUUGGUUAUAUCAGCCCCGUCUCUCCAGCUGUCAUUUGAAACGAGGUAUGAUUUGAGGAAUAAUCAUAGCUAACUACUCAUCCAAUCAAGAAUCCAAACUCCCUUAUGAUCUGUUGUUACUCAGCAUUGUGUCUCAAGCGUUUCAUUUCCAAGUCUGCAUCUUAUUAAUGAAAAUUUGAAUAAAAGAUAUAGUUUUAUGUAUGAUGAGAAUCCUUUAACCGUUUUUAUAGGAUUUUCCCUCCGUUGUCUGACAAUGUUUAUUUCAUGGUUGACAUCAGAAUGCAUCAAUUAAAAUAAACAUCUUUCGAGAUCCGCAA